UAAUAAGAAGAAGAAACGUUAAAUUAAACAAGUUAUGGCCGGUUUACAGUUAAUAAAAACCUAUUCUUCCGACUCGGAUGAGGAUAGGUGCGAUGAAAAGAAACAAGACGACAACGUCGACACGAGGACAACGAGACGAGUAAACAACAGAUUAGCUGUACCUGAAACUAUUUUAUCGUGGAAAGGAGUCACGUAUUCAGAGGAACUGGUCGACGAUCCGUUCCUACACGAUGGACGAACGCGCAGUUUUAAACACGAGCGGGGUAAUUGGGCAACGUUCAUUUAUGUAAAUUACACAGCCAGUGAACGUUUUUACGCUUGGAUAAAGUCUACAUUAAAUAAAUUACCGGUCCAAGGUCACCUUGUCUCCGAUCUUCACGUUAGUCUCAGUCGUACGUUGGUCCUAAAGUACCAUUGGAUCCCAUCGUUCAUCGAGAGGCUGAGGGAUGUGUGUUGCGUGUGCAACCAAUUUGUUUUACGGCUCACCGAUGUAAGAGUAUACCGUAACGAAGAGAGGACUCGCACAUUUCUUGGAAUCCGCUGUCAGAAUGACGACGAGAUGCAACGACACUUAAUAGCGGCUAUCACCUGUGUAUUAGAUGAAUAUCGAUUGCUGCCUUUUGCCGAGGAUGACUCGUCGUAUCACGUGAGUUUCUUCUGGUGCCUCGGAGACGAGGAAGCGUACCUGAAGGAACUGUUGCCAUCGCUUACCGAGAGUUUAAGUGAAUUUUUCGCAGAGAACCCCGAGGAUACCAGCGUAUGCGUCAACGAGAUAUGUUGUAAAGUUGGCAACAAGUAUCGUGUCUUUAGACUGAAAUAACACAACUUUCAAGUAAACUGUC